AUGCUCGGAGCUCGACUGCUUCGGCCUGUGCUGCUUCCGGGGAGAGAGGGGGUCGCGCGGCCAUGUUGGCGCCACCUGCAGCCCUGGAGGGCGAGCGUCAUGGCGGCGGCCAGCCCUCUCCCCAGGGCCCCGGACCUGCCCACGCUGCACGCCACGUUACAGGACUUGCUGAGCUUCCUAAGGGGCGCCCUGGCCAUUUCCAGUGCGCAUACAGUGGACUUCUACACCAAGUCGAUCUGGCAAGAGCUGGUCGACUUGCCCCCUGAGAGCGUGCUGGCAACGCUGAGGAAGUCGGCGGCGGAGGCCGAGCUGCACGAGACGCUUCCCCUGGGGGAGGCAGAGGCGGGAUCAGGUUUCAUCGAUCUCCCCAAAAUAUUUUGUGAAACCUCUCAGAAGCUGUUGAGUGUGGAAGCCUUUGUGCUCACUGCGAAACACUACUCUGUGCAGAACUUGGGACUGUGCACUCCUUCUGAGCAGCUGCUUACAGCCCUCCGAGUAAAUACAGAACAGAGAACUGAUGAAAAUGUGAAGGCAAUUGAGUUUAUGAAUACAAAAAAAUCUCAUGAGGUCCAGGCAAUGUCAGAGCUAAUCUGCAGUAUUGCUGAUUACUGUGGCUUAAAGCAGUCACUGAGACCUGGCAACUGUGGCAGAGUCAGAAUCCCAGUGAGGAAAUCCAGAGAAACCAUUGUGAAGAUAAUUGAUGUGGGUUCUGGUAAAGGCUAUCUAAGCUCCUUUUUGUCCUUAAAAUACGGUCUGAAUGUUUAUGGCAUCGACUCCUCAAGCACUAACACUCAUGGGGCUAAGGAGAGAAACAGGAAGUUGAAGAAACAUUGGAACCUCUGUCAUUCUCAGUCAAGAGCAGACAGUAACGGAUUGGUAUUAAAAAUGCCAAAAGAGUCGAAAGUGCAAAGCAGAAGCAAGUGCGAGGGGGAGUCCGAGCGUGUGCAGAAGAGCAGGCGUGGGGAUGAAGACGCGUCUGCCGGUGUUCUGGCAGACUUCUCAGGGUCUCCAGUUUCAGUCAUCAGAAAACAGCAAAGAAAUCUACAUGCUCACCCAGUUGAAGAGGAAAAGUUGUGUUGUGAAGAUGCCUUUUCUCUCGUAGACUUUUUGCCUGUCGAUGCCAUCGAACCUACCUCACAGGUGUGCCACACAGAAGCACCUGGACUCCGUAAAGAGAGAGGAAAUGCAACCUCCAAAACAAGGGGCUCCAGCAUAUAUUCACCGCUCACCUCGUUCAUCACGGCGGACACACAACUGCACGACAUUAUCGAAGAUCUGGAGGACUGUUUGAUGGUGGGGUUGCAUACUUGUGGUGACCUUGCACCCAAUACUCUGCGGAUUUUUGCAUCCAAGGCUGAAGUCAAGGGAGUUUGCAGUGUGGGUUGUUGCUACCAUCUCUUAUCUGAGGAAUUUGAAAACCAGCAUAAAGCUGUAGUAAAAUAGAGAUGGGGUACACAGCCAGAAUACAGCAAAUACAGAGGCAAAUGCCAGCAGCAAACCACUGAACUGAGAACGGGACCCCCGUUGAAGGAAUCGGAGAAAGGACUGAAAGAGCUUGAAGGGCUCGAGACCCCAUAUGAACAACAAUGCCAACCAACCAGAGCUUCCAGGGACUAAGCCACUACCUAAAGACUAUACAUGGACUGACCCUGGGCUCCAACCUCAUAGAUAGCAAUGAAUAGCCUAGUAAGAGCACCAGUGGAAGGGGAAGCCCUUGGUCCUGCCAAGACUGAAUCCCCAGUGAAGGUGAUUGUUGGGGGGAGGGCGGCAAUGGGGGGAGGAUGGAGAGGGGAACACCUAUAUAGAAUGGGAGGAGGAGGGGUUAGGGAGAUGUUGGCCCAGAAACCGGGAAAGGGAAUAACAAUCGAAAUGUAAAUAAGAAAUACUCAAGUUAUAAAGAUGGGGAAAAAAAUAGAGAUGGGGUGAGCCACUCCAGCAGUUUUUUACUACGGUGCUUCUUAACUCUGAUUGAACAGCUAAUUCAAAGUUACUGUUAUUGGAUACUAGAGAACUGCCCGUGACCAUCCGAAUGGCAGGUAGAACAGGAAUAUGAGUGUUGUCAGAAGCCAUACAGAAUUUUGAUGAGCACCACUGUGAAAACAGUGAAUUUCUUAUAGUUCUUUUAAGACAUAGAGUUUGAGAAGAUGGUUUGUAGACUGUGUUUAAGAAAAUACACACAAUACUUAUUUUUAUUAUUAACUUUUUCUGUGCAAAGACUUGGGUAGGACACAUAUUCAGAUGUUAAUUUGCAGCUCAGAACCAAAGGUUGAUCAGUUAAUCCUGAUUGUCAAAUUGAUGAGAUUUCGACUCACCAUGGAGACAAAUCUCUUGUAGGCAGCUGUAAGACACUGGCUAGUUUAGAGUAGGUUAGUUAAAGUGGGAAGACUCACUCUAAGUAUGGAUGGUAGCAGUUCAUGAGCUGGGACUCUUAACUGGAUAAAAAGGAGAAAGCAACACGACCCAGGCGAUCUUUGCUUUCUGCUCGAUGGCUGCGGAUACAGUGUGACAGGUGCCUCAAGACCUGGUUGCCAAGAUUCCCAUGCCCUGAUGGACUGGACCCCUGAACUAUACGCCAAAAGUAGGCAAGCAACUAAGAGAGUAUCUAGGAGAAUUUUUACAGCAUACAGUUCCUCAUUGGUUAGCACAUUGUGUGUGUGUGUGUGUGUGUGUGUGUGUGUGUGUGUGUGUGUGUGUGUGUGUGAGAGAGAGAGAGAGAGAGAGAGAGAGAGAGAGAGAGAGAGAGUAUUUAGCAGCCAAUGGAAUACAAAUGCAGCCAGCCUGCCUUUGUAUGUGUAAUAUACACAGUAUGAUCCUAGUAUUCUUUUAAAUUAUUUUGGUUUUGUUUGUUUUAUUUUUAACAUGAGAGCAUUUUACCUCCAUGUAUGUUUGUACACCCUGUGCCUGCAGAGGUCAAAAGAGGGCCCCAAAUCCUUUGAGACUGGAUUUACAAAUGCUUCUGAGAUACCAUGUGGGUGCUAGGAACCAAACCUAGGUUCUCUGCAAGAGAAAUAAUGUUUAAACCACUGAGCAAGGUUUCAGCUCCGGCAUUAGUGUUCUUUACAGAAAUAGGAAUAUGUCACUAUAUCGUUUAGUCAUUAUAUUAAAUCAGCUGAGUUCACAGGGCAAGUGGUUUAUGUGCACAAGACUAGCAUAAUUGCUGUCAUAUAUCAAGCUCUCGGCUCCAUGGAGUUCUGUCUCAGAAUGGACAAACAUGUUAUGUGUCCCUCACUUCAUAUCUUAGGCACCUGACCCUUUAUCCUCGCUUAUUUGAACAGCUGUUUUGAAGUUUGAGCUGGAGUGUAAAUUUGAGUUGUUAAUGGUCUUACACAAUUUAAUAAAAGAUUCUGGAAUGUACACUGAAGCUUUUUUAUGCUUGUAUUGACUAUGUAAACAAUAUGUAUCUUAUAUGAAUAUAUUUACCCCAUAACACUGUGGUAGACCAUAGAGGUGGUCUGUCAUGAAUGUGAGUUUUCAAAAAAAAAAUCCCCCAAUGUUCUGUAAAUCAUUAUAAUACUAAAUUUAUACCAUAUGUUUUACAAAGUGCUUUUAGAUACUUUACAUUAUAAGCCAGUAGCUCCCAAGUGAACAUUAAGUAACAGAAACGGUUUUAUAGCAGUGUAUUAUAGAAUUUUAUUUUCCAGAGCUUAACAAAUGUUUUAAUAUUUUGACUUGAUAUUGUCUAUUACCAUAACUAAGUAGAAAUAGUCAUAUUUCUACUCCUAGAAGGAGUAAAUAGUUUUGUCCUUUGUAAUUAUAUAUAUAUAUAUAUUUAACUUAAUAUAUAAUUAAUUAAAAUAUAUAUUUAACUUAUUCACUUUACAUCCCACUUACUGCCCCCACCCAUUCCUUUUGGGCCCUUUCUUAUUCUUCACAUCUCGAUGCAGCUAUUUCCUAUAUGAAUGGAAAUGGAGUACAAUGAAACAUGCCUGAGAUGACCCAGACCCACGCACUCCUCCUGAUAAAGGAUCCUCAGUCUUGUCCAGGCAUCCGUUAUCAGGGAAAUUAAGCCUUCUGUAACCUUAGCACUAAGGGAGUCUCGUGUAUUGUAAAUUAUGGUGAUUCGGUUGAGUUAGGAGUGGGUAUGAGACAGGAUUGUUAGCAGUGCAGCGAGCGAGCACAGCGCCUAGGCAGCAUUUCUGUCUGGUUUGCGGCUCCAGUCUGUCUUUGUUGCUCUUAAUUUUUUUUUCUUUUUUUUCUUUUUUCUUUUUUUUACUUAGUGUAGAGGGUGUGGAGAAGGUGUCAGGGCUUGUGUGCGAACAUCAGAGAGUGCCCUUGUGGAUUCUGUCCUGAUUUCCCACAUUCCCAUGGGUUCCGAGGAUUGAACUCAGGUUGCCCAACUUUAGCAGCAAUCGUGCAUCCCCGCUCAGCCCUGUCACUGGCCUGCUUGUUCUUCAAGCUGUCCACAGCACAGGGAUAUCUGCCACGUUUUGGAUUGGCUUUGUAUAUUUGUCUGUUCAGCCUAACAGAAAGGUCUCUGCAUCUGGCAUUAAAGUGCAUCCUUAGAAAUGAUCAGUGCUCUGAGUGAGCUUCUCUGGUGAGUCUGAGGAAUGAAAGGAAAAUGCUCCAAGUUUAAGCAACUAUUUCACUAAUUGGGAGGUACUGGGGGGACAGGAAGAGGGGAGGUAGCUAGAGUCCGAUAGUUUCAUUGGCCUUCUUCCCUGGCUCUUCUAGAUCAGCUCUGGCCAGGGAAGUGAUCAUACAUCCUUUCCCACCUGCCUCAGCACCACCAGGAAGUCUGCGCAGCCACGGUCAGGCAGAAGCCUGCCUGGAGCUUGUGCUCAGUCUUUGCAGGUUUCCUCACAACCUUAUUCUUCACUUGGCUUCUUAGUCUGUUGUUUAAUAGGCAGCAAAUUGUCACACACACCAUUUGGAAGCAUCUUUUAUUCUGAUACUUAUAUUUCUUAUCAAAAAAAAUUGUCAAAGGUGAAUGAAAGCUACUUACUUUGUCUGAUCCACUGUUUGGGUUUUAAGAAUUGGUUUCAUUGCUUUAUUAGAGCUGUGUCAUCUAAACAUGUCUAGAGCCUGAAUAACAGCAUGCUGAGUUUGAAAAUAUAACAUUUUAAAAUCUAACAUACUUGGUGAGAAACUGGCUUUUAUUAUGUCUCUGUUUUUCCUGAUAUUUAAUGUGUGGCAUGAAAGGCUGUAAAGAUGACAGUACUCUAUAGAACUAUGACUAUUCUCUUAGUAAAUAUAAUCAUAGUGAAUUAAUGCCAUCAGUGCAUCAGUGUUUGUCAUUACUGUCCUAUCAAUGUAGCCCUGACAGUGUCUCUUGUAUGUCACUGUGUACUUUACUAAGUGAACAUAUUUGAUGGCACAGAACUCUCUAGCUGGAAAAUUUAAAGAUGUUAAAAUGUAUUGUCUUCCAAAUCUCUGUGUGUGUGUGUGUGUGUGUGUGUGUGUGUGUGUGUGUGUGUGUGUCUGUAUGUGUUUAUUUAUGUUUAUGUGUAUGGGAUGUCUAGUGUACUGAGAUUAAAUUUUAUCAGGUUAGCCUGAUUUUAAUUGAUAUAUUCAGGGAAUCUGUUAGUAUUUUUUUGUCAUCGUUGUUGUUAUUUUUGCUUGUUUGGAGACAGGGUUUCACUGUAUAGCCCUGCUUGGUAUGGAACUCACUGGUUAGCUCCAAACACAGCAGUCUAUCUGCCUCUGUCUCCCAGGUGCUAAGAUUAAAGGCAUGUGCUACCAUGUUCCAGCUGGUGUGUGUGUGUGUGUGUGUGUGUGUGUGUGUAGUUGGAAUUGAUUUUGUUUUUCUGUUCUGUUACCAUUUGUGUGGGUCACAUGAGUUCUAAGAUAACUGAAAUCCCAAGAUAGCCCAAGACUAUAGACAAGCAUUUGGUUCCUGAAGGGCCACAUCUGCAAAGGCAAAAACCCUAUCUUUUAAUAUUUAACACUAACUAUCAUAUGUGCUGUAUAGCAAGCACUGAGUAUAGCAACAGGCUUCCAGCCAUGAUGAGACUAGAUCAGUCCUCUGAAGCUGUAGCCAAGCCUCCAGUUUAAUACUUUGUUUUCUAAGAGUUGCCUUGGUCACUGUUUUUUUUCACAACAGUAAAACAGUAAUAAGAGAAACCAACAUAGGAAAUAAAAUUUAAAAUGUCUAAUAACUGAUUCAAUAUGAAAGUAAAGACAUUUGGUAGGAGAGAUCCUGAGCAGAAAUAACCACAUUGGCCACAUUAAGCUCAUCCUUAACUAGAAUCACUGGUUUCGAUUCUCUUCUGCUCAUAAACUGUAGUUUCUUUUUUCUGAUAUUCCUUGAGAAGGAAGGAAAGGUCCAAAAGGUUUAUAAACCCCAAAGCUCCUAUUCCUUUCCUAGUCUGCGGUCCUUGACCAACAGAGCAUACAGUAGAAAACAUGUGUGUGUGUGUGUGUGUGUGUGUGUGUGUGUGGGUGUGUAUGGGUGUAUAUGGGUGAAAUUAUAUAUCUCUGGUUAAUAAGAGUGGUAUUGUCACAGUUUGCUGUGAUCACCAAAAGAAAUAUAUUUUAGGGUUGUGAUACAUGUAACCCAUCAGUGUGAGUAGAGCCCUGGAUUCCACGCUCUAACACACACACACACACACACACACACACACACACACACACACACACUAUUAUGAUCUACUAUAUAUUUAAAAGUUAUAAAAAACAUAAAAAAGCUUCAAUUUUACAAAAAGGUACUUUUUUCCCCCUUCUAGGUAAUAUUUAUAUUUUAGUAGGUCCUUAAUGUAACACCAUGACACGGGUUAACCUUUUUCUUCUACUAUGCUCUCAUAAAUUUUGUAAAUGCUGAUGACAAUUCACCAAAUUGAUUUUAUAACUCAUCAAUGGAUUGUGUCUAGAUGUAUGUUGGUAAAUGGUUACCCUUACUAAAAGCUGCUUUAUAUAUAUGUACAAAAUACAUAUUUUAUUAUGUUUUAUGUUAUUUUAUAUAUUAUAUCCUGAAGAUACAUAAAUUUAUAUAUAUAAACAUUUAUAUUAUAUUUAAAUUUACAUAUAUUUAUGUGUAUUGUAAAUAAUAUAGCGCAGAGUUGGGUGUCUAACUAGACUUCUCCUGUACAUUUGUAGUGUUGUGUCCUUGAGUAAAUCAGCUUGCCUUUGGAGCUCUUCUGUAAAUUAGUAAAAGAAGAGAAGUUAACCUGGACGAUCUUUGUCUCACAGUUGAAGUGAUUGAAUACAGCUGUCCAAAGCAGGGUUGUGAGUUAAACUUAGCUUAUUUUUACCUAGCAUUCUGACUUAGUUUCGUCUCAUUUUCUUAAUUACGUUGACUUUACAUAACCAAAUAUUCCGGUUUCCUGCUCUGGUUCUUCAUUUGGUUGAGUGUGAAAUUUAAACAUCUACACCAGUGUUACAGUGCACAUAAAUUCUCUGUUUCUCAAAGUUUUCAUGUUUGGUUUCAAAGAAGUCAAUCUAGCAAUUAGCAUAUAUAUGUAUAUAUAUGUAUAUACACACACAUACAUAUAUAUACACAUAUGUGUAUAUAUAAAUAUAUAUGAGCUUUUACUUUCUUGGUUAGCAAUAUUAAGUUUAAUAGUUAGUUGACAAUUAGAAAGUAUCAGGACCUGUCUCACUGUCACCUGAAAAAAGGAUCAGGCCUGGCUGUUCUUGGCAUUGUCCUUUGACAAUUAUAAAGCAGGUAAAUAAGUUGUCCUUCCAAACUUGAGAGUUUCCUAUUUAUAUAGAUUUUCUUACAUAGCACAUUGCUUUGUUUUUAAAGCUGGACCUAUGUCACAGAAAACUUUUUGGCAGUUUGCAUGGGGUGAAUGCAGAUAUUUUUAAUGCAUUUGGCAUUCACUAUGCAAGUUCUUCACACUCACAGCUGUAUCUGAUCUUCAGUCAGCUCUAUGUUUUCUACAAUGUUGGCAAUGAUUUACUUUUUGCCCUAGGGCAUCUUUUAGCUGUCUAGCACUUUCUAGAAAUGGAUUUUUAAUAUACUUUCCUACUUUCUUACUUUAGUUUGCACCUCAUUAUUUUUUCCAACUAAUACAACAUGUUUUGGAAGCUUAUGUAAGGUGCGGUUAGCACAAAAAAUUCCACGUUCAUUCAUAGUAAAUAAAAGAAGCCAAGAGUAUGAAUAAAUAAACCUAAUACAAAAUAUAAUAGACCUGCUCAUAAUUAAGAAAGAAAAUGAACAAACAAACAAACAAACAAAACCCUAGGAAAAUGGCUUGGUUCAGAUAGUGCUUGCCACAUCUGGACAAGUGUUUGAUUCCAGUGUGCAUGAAAUUGGGUGGCAGCACACAUUUGUAAUCUAGUGUGGGAGGCAGAGACAACAGGAUUCCUCUGGCUCAUGGGCCAGAACCCAGUCAGUGAGCCCCACAGAGGGGGGCGGGGGAGUGCAGAGGGGUAUCUAUCUGAAAAAGAACACAAAGUAACAGGCUCCUGAGGGACAACAGACUUGAUCUUUGGCCUCCAUGUGUUUGUAACUGGACAUGUGUGUGCACUUACAUACAAAGCACACAAAAGCAAUAGUAAAGAGAAAUAAUUUCAACUGUGAACAUAAACAAACAUUAAAGUUAAUAGAGUUGGCUGAUAGACCUUAACAAAAACUAGUUUAUAGUAUAUUGCACUUACAUGCACAUCUGGAUUUGGAUACCUUAGAGAAAAUGCUCUUAAGUAUAUAUGGGCUAAAAAUGCAUUGCAUUUGGAGUUUUCUUUCCUGAGAUCAUACACUAAUUGUCUAAAUUCUCUCAUUCAUUAAAAACAACAGAAAUAAAAGCACAGCCUGAUCUAUAGUAUUCAUAUGAGUUAUUUUGAAAGUUCCACAUAUAUCUUAAUAUAGUAUGGGUUUCAAUAAAACACAGCUUCUUACAGCAAAGGGAACCUCUGUCCUACACAGUGAUGAUAUAUAUCAUUAGGGGGCUGUUGUUAUAGUUUACUAGAACAGCACUGUGAGCUGUACCAGUCUGUAGUCAUGAGUAAAAAUAGAACAGUCUUAUCUGGACUACAACCUAUCACAAACAUUUUCAUUCAGAAAAAUGAAUACUUUUUCAAUCUGUGUGUGUAUACAUAUAUGUGUGUAUGUAUAUAUUCACUUAUAAGUGGAUAUUAGUCCACAAGCUCGGAUUACCCAAGAUGCAAUUCAUAGACGACAUGAAGCUCAAGAAGGAUGACCAAAAUGUGAAUACUUCACUCCUUCUUAAAAGGGAGAACAAAAAUAUUUAUAGGAGGGGGUAUGGAGGCAAAGUUUAGAGCAGAGACUGAAGGGACGGCCAUUCAGAGCCUACCCCUCAUGUGGCCACCAAAACUAGAUAAGAUUGAUGAAGCUAAGAAGUGCAUGCUGACAGGAACUGGCUAUAGAUCUCUCCUUAGAGACACAGCCAGAACAUGUCAAAUACAGACGUGAAUGCCAGUAGCAAACCACUGAACUCAGAAUGGGACCUCUGUUGGAGGAAUUAGAGAAAGAAUUGAAAGAGCUGAAGGGGCUUGCAACCCCAUAAGAACAACAGUGCCAACCAACCAGAGCUCCUAGGGACUAAACCAGUACCGAAAGACUAUACAUGAACCGACCCAUGGCUCCAACUGCAUAUGUAGCAGAGGAUGGCCUUGUUGGGCACCAAUGGAAGGAGAAGCCUUUGGUCCUGCCAAGGUUGGACCCCCAGUGUAGGGAAUAUCGGUGUGGGGGGUGCAUAAGGGGAGGUGGGUGGGGAGGGGAACACCCUUAUAGAAGAAGGGGAUGGGGGCUUAAUGGACAGGAAAUUGGGAAAAGGAAUAACAUUCGAAAUGUAAAUAAAGAAAUGUCCAGUAAAAGAAAGAAAGAAAAAAGAAUGAAUGAAUGAACGAAUGAAUGAAUUAGGACUAGGCUGUAGGAACAUUUGGUGCACGAUAGAAAAUAAUUAGCCAGCAAUGUGAUAUGAAGAGAAUUAAACCUACAAGCAAGACUGCUUUAAGGAGAGUAUCAAAAACAUUCAUAGUAAGAAAUCAGUCAUUGAGUUUAGGAUACAUCCACAGUAUAAUAAGCUGUUAGCUGACUAAUUUACAAAGACCCAGUUUGGGGACUAAGGCUCUAUAGUGGUUAAAAAUACUUGCUUCUCUUAUAGAUGAACCAGGCUAGGUUUGCCUUAUCAUCUCAGGCAACUCAUAGCCGUAGCUCUUUUGGCUUCCUUGGACACCUGUGGACAUCUGUAUGCAUUACAGUCCCUUCAAUCUCUGCUCUAAACUUUGCGUCCAUAUGCAUUAGCAUACACACAAGCACACAUACACACACCCACAAAUAAAAAUGUAAAUAAUUCUUGAGAAAAAAGAUUCAGUUUCCAUUGAGCCUAUCUCAUAUAUGCCAUUGAUGAGAACAGAAGGUGUUGAAGUGGCCUAGCUAGGUGUCUGUCCCCUUGAGAAAAUAGCAUUCCCUAGCAGAGGAUAAACCAGACUAAAAGGAAGUAAACAGUGGUUUCACUGUAAGAAAGUAAGCAAGUGCUACAUGUCAGUCAAGAGCUAAUGAAGAUGAGUGGGAAAGUAAAAAUACAUGCCAGUGAAUUCGGAAAUUACAGAAGGAAGUAAUAGGAAAUGAUUCUAAAUUUCAAGUGUGUUUAAUUAGUGGGCAGGGAUCCUGUUAGCACAGGAAGAAAAGACAAGAAGAAUCCCUGAAGAGAUUCCUAAAUGUCAAAAGCUUACACAUGAUAGUAGUAAGGACUAAUUAUAUUGUGAGAGAAAAGCAAAGGACUUUGUCUGCUCAGAAUUAUUAUUUGAAGACAGUGUGGAAGAGACAAAGCUAACAAGGGCUACAGAUGCCCCGCUUGACUAAAGUAAAAUGAUGUAAGAACAUGGUUAAUAGAAGCAGUGAACUCUGGCUUUCAUUCAAGAUAUAAAAGGCCUCAUUCUUCACAGGAGUCUGAGUGAAUCUGAUAAAUGACUUCCAAAGACAAUGUUUAACAUUUACACGGAAGACCUUCACAGAUUGUCAGUUAUUUCCACAUACUGCCUUCAAAGAGCUGAGCUGUGUUGCCACUCUGAUCCCAACAACUAAGGAAACUGAGGCAACUCCAGAGAACCUCACAGUGAUGUCCUCUCUAUUCGAGGGACGUGGUUUCACAGAACCCCACUCGAUGACAACAGUCCUGUAAGUUGCCUUAGGAAGUUAAAGUUCGUAGGUGUUUUAAGUAGGGAUUAAGACUAUACUUACUUCCUUUCCAGUGCUCACUCCUCUCUCCCAUUUCUUCCUCUCCCCCUCCCUCUUCCUUUAUUCCCCCUCCCUGUGUUGGUUAAUUUCAACUUUUCACAAAUAAUAUGAACAUAAUGUUUCAAUUUAGGGUUUGCAUAUAUUAAAUUGACCUAUGGGCAUGUCUUGGGGGAGGGGGUUCUUAGUUUUUAAUAGACCUAGCCCAAAGUGGGUGUUAUUGUUCCCUGGUUCAAGGCCGUGGACUGUACAAGAGUAGAGUAGAGGGGUAGUUGAGUACUAACCUCACAGGCAACAUGGGUACAUUUGAUUGUCUUUGCUCUUGGCCAUGAGUGUAGUGUAAAUAGCUGUUUGGGUUGCUCCAUUGGCUUCCAUCAACAAUAGUCGGUAACUUGGAAAUGUAAGCCAUUUAAACCCUCUCCUGUAAAUUGCUUUAGAUCAUGGUGUUUGUUACAGCAACAGAAAUGAAAGUAGUCCAAGCGGUUUAAAGUGAGGCUGCCUUACAAGCAGGUCGAGUUAUCUGUGCUUGGCUUCUUUGUGACAGUACUAACUUUUUGUGUUCUAAAGGAUAUACCCUUCUUCUGUCCGCAUUGCAACCAUGACUACAACUUAGGAAACGUGAAGUCCUUUAAUAGCUUCUGCUUUUUCAGUGAUAGUUUGCUAUGCUGGCAGCAUGACUGCUCUUUAACUGGUUGUCAUGCUGAAUCAUCUAGAAUAUGCAGGAUUAUGGGUACACCUCUGAAGCCUUUCCUUUAUUACCAGAAGUUGCUUGGGAAAUCAGAGGAUUCUCUGUUACCUCAAGAAGAGUCCUUUCUCAUAUCACAAGACUCUGCUUUGCUUAUGUCAAACUGGGAAAUAAUUCCAUCAUUUUACCUUACACCCCAUCCCAGAGCUUAACAACUCCUCUUUAGCGGGUGUAGUGGCUCACACCUUUAAUCCCAGCAUUUAGGAGACUGAGGCAGGUGAAUCUCUGAAAGUUUAAUGCAAUCCUGAACUGUAUAGUGAAUUACAGACCAGCCAGAGCCUUGUCUUGUAAGACCUUGUCUCACCAAACCACCCUAACGUUCAACAUGGCAAAACAAACAAAAAAAUCACAGGGUACUACACCAGAUGUUGAGCCGUCAACUUCAAGUGUGAAAUCCAAGAAAGCUAUGACUUGCCAUCAACCCAAAACCAGAACUGCAGGCAAGAACAGUCAGUCCAGUUCCGAAUGUAGUGGGAAGGUGUAAAAGACUACCAAGAAGGCCAAGAAAACCCUGCCAAGCAUCCCCCCCAAAAAAGGCUUCAGAGAAAACCGCACCACCUUCAAAAAAAAGAUUAAAACAGGCCAAAAGUAUCAGUCACUACCGUCAUCUAAUGGAUGAGAUGACAAGUUCUGAAACAGGACCAGAGCAGAGCAGAGAGCUCCAGUGUUUGGAGGCGUGAUCAGGAAAGCCAGUAGCCUCAGUAAGCCACCAAAGACCUAGAAAUCCAUUCACAGGUCUGACACCUGAGCAGUGUCAAACUGUGGGGAUCCACCAUUUAUCACACAGUGCUUUGACACUGAUGAAAAUAAAAUCAAUCUGAUAUGAAAAAAAAAAAAACCCUUGUCUCAAACACACACACACACACACACACACACUCUCUCUCUCUCUCUCUCUCUCUCUCUCUCUCUCUC